AUACUCAUCAGUAGGCAGUAGCAGUAGCAAAUUAGCAAUUGCAUUUGGCAACAGAUAUGACUUUUGACGUGUCCCUUUACCGGAGAUUGUAGAACAGCAGAGCCGACGACGAUGUCAUGCCAUACGCAAUCUCUCACCGUUUCUUUCCUUUAUGUACCCAAAUCCUCUCCUCUCUGCGUAUCCCUAAACCUCCGAUAAUGAUAAUGGAUCCUCACGGAACGAUUGUGUUCUCCACCGUCGGCAGAUCUCACUACGGCUUCGAUAUCUUCUCCGUUCAACUUCCGUCUAGUUUCGAACAGGACCGCCGCCCCGCCUCCGAGCACCGCCUCACCGACGGCGUCUCCAUUAACUUCAACGGCCACUUUCUCGAUGAAGGCGACACCUUUGUCUUUGUCUCCGAGAGAUCCGGGUCGCCUCGGAUUUACUUGCAAGAGAAUCGCUCCGCCUCCGCCGGAAAACCGCAGCAGUUACUCUCCCCCUCUGGAACCCUCUUUCAUGACCGUCCGGUCGUCAGAGAUGGACGGCUGCUUUAUAUCUCUGCUCAUGAGCCGCCCAAGGAAGUGUUCAAGAGCUGGUCUGCGCUUUACUCCACCCAUCUAGGUUUAAAGGAAAUCACGCGGUUGACGCCGUACGGUGCCGUUGAUUUCAGCCCCUCCGUUUCUCAGUCCGGCGAAUUCAUCGCCGUCGCAUCUUACGGGUCUCGUCCCUGGGCGGGUGAGUUCCGCGAUCUCCAAACUGAUAUCGUCGUGUUCCGGGAGUCCGAUCCCGCUAGCCGAACUCUUCUCUGCAAACACGGUGGUUGGCCUACUUGGUCCGGCGAUUCGACUAUCUACUUCCAUCGCCAAGCCGACGACGGGUGGUGGAGCAUUUUCCGGAUUGAUCUGCCGGAAAAUUUUACAUGUUCUGGAGAUUCUGCGAGUAAAAUUCCCAUUUCCCCUCUUCGAGUCACUCCUCCCGGCGUGCACUGCUUCACCCCUGCAGCAAUGCACAAUUGUAGUAGAAUCGCGACCGCAACUAGGCGGCGAGGGAAUAAUUACCGGCAUAUUGAAAUUUUUGACGUUGAAUCUCAAAAAUUUUAUCCGGUCACCGAAUUACUCAACCCUAAUAUCCACCAUUACAACCCGUUUCUCUCUCCGGGAUCCACUGUGCUCGGUUACCAUCGAUUCAGGGGAGAAUCGUUACAGGAGGACAUAAUUCCACAUUUGGACCCGGUGAGGUCUCCAGUAAACGCUCUUCGGAUGCUCAGAUUGAACGGCUCAUUCCCUUCCUUCUCUUCCUCCGGAGAUUUUAUUGCGUUUAAUCCCAGCUUCGAUUCCGAUUCACGCCUCAAAAUUAUCAAGUCGGAUGGAUCUAAAGGAUGGACGCUGAUCAAAGACCGGACGGCGUUCUGCAAUGCCUGGAGCCCCACGGAAAACGGCGUAAUUUUCACUUCAAUAGGGCCUAUAUUCGAGUCCGUCAAAGCCACUGUGCAGAUCGCUCGUCUCACUUUCGAUCCUUCAAAUUUGACCGACGAUGGCGAUGAUGAUUCAGACGAAAUCCCCGUGGAAAUCAAGGUUUUGACGAAAGAAACCACCGGCAAUAACGCAUUUCCGUCUUGCUCGCCUGACGGAAAACACAUCGUCUUUCGUUCUGGCCGGUCCGGCCACAAAAAUCUCUACAUAAUCGAUUCUCUCAAUGGCGAAUUAGACGGCGGCGGAAUCCGGCAGUUAACAGAUGGAGCUUGGAUUGAUACCAUGCCUAGCUGGUCACCGGACGGAAAAUUGAUCGCGUUCUCCUCCAACAGACACAACCCAGGCAACGCCGACUGUUUUAGCAUCUACGUCGUUCGUCCGGACGGAACAGGUCUCCGUAGAAUCCACGUGGCAGGAGCGGAAGGAUCGGAGGAGGUGAACAGAGAGAGACUGAAUCAUGUGUGUUUCAGUUCGGACAGUGAGUGGGUGCUGUUCACGGCGAACUUGGGCGGCGUGACGGCGGAGCCGGUGUCGAUACCCAACCAGUUUCAGCCCUACGGUGACCUAUACAUGAUGAGGUUAGACGGGACGGGACUGCAGAGGCUGACGUGGAAUGGAUAUGAGAAUGGCACGCCAGCGUGGCACCCCAAAGCUGAGGUGGACUUGGCUCGCCUCUCCUUGGGCAAGAGCGGUGAAAAGUUGAGAGGCAAAUUUGAUGAACCCUUGUGGAUUAACUCUGAUUUUUAACUUUUGUUGCCGCAAAAUAAAAACUGAAUAAUUAUAAUAAUAAAGAAAGAGGUUGGUUGAGCAA